AUGGCUGGUCUCGAGCUUGUAGUAGUGGCAGUGCCGGCGGCGGCGGUGGCGCGGCUAGUUUUCGUGCUCAUCUCCGAUAUUACGAAGGCGGCAGAGAAAGCCCGCGAGAAUAAGGUAGAGUGCGAGCACCUAAAGGGGCGCGUAUCCCAUAUCGGCAGGCUGCUGCAUCGCCUGAAGCUGCAGGACCCUGAGGUGGCCGAAGCACUGGCCGGCCUACGCGACACGCUCCUGAUGGCGCACGAUCUCGUCGUCGCUUGCCAGAAAUCGAACGGGCUCAAGAAGCUCUUCUGUGCCGGCGAGCAGGCUGCGAAGUUCAAGAAAGUCAACGACAGGAUCGACUCACACCUCCUCGACAUUCAAUUGCUCAGCCAAAUCUCCCUUACCCACCGCCUCGACCAGAUCCUCUCUCCUGAUGCAACAACUAUGGUUGCUUCUGCAUCUGCUAUGGUGCCGGGGCCAGGCAAAGGCUUCGACUCGCGCUCUCUGCAGCUCAAGGAGCCUGCGAAGGUCGCCUACGUGGGCUCAACCUCAACGCAUGCAGCUGCGCACUUCACGUCAGUGGAGAUCGCCGUCUUGACCGGCAACUACGGCCAGGAGGUGGCCGUCAAGAGCCUGAAGAACCACGGGAGUCAACGAGAGGGUGCGUUCGUGGCGGAGAUCGAGAUCCUCCGAAACCUCCGUCACAACCACAUCGUGCGCCUGGUGGGCUGGUGCACGGAGGAUGACGAACGCAUGUUCGUCUACCAAUACCAGCACACGAGCAACGGCACGCUCAGGGAUCACCUGACGCCGGGCGGAAGCGGCGGCUCUGCCUCUGCGUCGCCGGUGACGUCGUCCUGGAAGGCGCGUCUCCAGGCGCUGCUGGGCGCGGCCGGUGCCAUCGACCACCUGCACCGCUUCGCCGUGCCGGGGAUCAUCCACCGAAACGUCAGCUCCUCGAGCAUCCUUCUCGACAAGAGCUGUGUGCCUUGCCUGUCGGACUUCGGCGCGGCGAUUUUGCAAGUACCGACGACGGGCGGCCAGCACGUCGGGGACGUAGUCGGCAAAGUCGGGUACACAGACCCGGAGUACUGCCGCACGAGGUGCGUGAGUCCGGCGAGCGACGUGUACAGCUUUGGCGUGGUGAUACUCGAGGUGUUGACUGGCAGGCCGCCUAGCUGGGAGGGGAAGGACCCGAACACCUUGGUUGGCUUUGCCGUCCCGGCCAUCGAGAGUAGGAACCUGCGCUCUGUGCUGGACAGGCGCCCGUCGCCGGAGCCGACGCCGAGACAGAUGGAGGCGCUGGAGCUCGUCGCGUACACGGCAACACGCUGUCUGUGGCAGCAGGAUCGACCCUUCAUGGCAAACGUGGUGAUCAACCUCCAUACGGCGCUCGGGUUCAUAGACGGCGAUAAGCCUAAGGAACUCCAAUGGAGCUAG